AAGCUUCUAGAAGCCAGGGGAGGGGCGGAUCGACGCCAUCACUACCGGAGCUAGCCCGUUGCGGCAGUUGGCCGAGAAGCUGCCCAUCGGGCGGUUGCAUCUCAACGUCCAAGUCGAGCGACUCAGGCGGCUUCUGUGCCCGCGCCGAUAAGCAAGCGCACGCAACCUCUUGGCGCGCGACAACGAGGCCACUCCGGUACCAGUACCUGCCCGAUCCAGGGCCCGCCGUGCGCCUGUGCAGUGAGCCUCCUGCUGCUUUUGGAAACACGCGCCUGGGCAUCGUCAGUGAUUCGACUGCCUACCUGGCGGCAACUAGGGAAUCAACCCUCUCAGUCUUUCUGCUUGCGAAGCGAGCAGCUGAAAGCGAGCGGAAAGAUGGGUAAAAAAGCUGGGCAUCAUGAACACCAAUACGAUAUUUAAGGGCCUGCCCAAGAUGGCCGUGUCCUCUUGGUCUGCUCAGCUUUAUUGUCCCCCUCAAGGCCCAAACAAGAUAGAACAAGAUGCGCAUUCAAGCAUUGGUUGCCUCGCUGGCCAGCUCGGCCUGUCUGGUUGCCGCCGUGCCUGCCACUGGAAAAGCGGCUGGCCUGCGGCUCAUCAAGACGUCCCCGACUUCGCCGGGCAAGUGGGUUACCGACGAGGAUAAAAUCUCAAAGUACACGGCCAAGGGCAUCAACUUUGUCGACAUUACCGACAUCACGGACAAUGAAGUGCUGUCUUCCCUCUCCACCCCUGACACGGGAGAGCCGGCCUUUUCGAUCCAGGCCGUCACCUACCCGACGAGCGUGAGCCACCAGACGGUGGCCAACCCGCUGAUUGCUCAGGUUUCUACCACCCAACCGAAGAGCUGGCUCACGACUCUCACCAACUUCUACAACCGCUACUACAAGAGCACCUACGGAACGCAGGCCGGAACAUGGUUGUUGAGCACAGUGACGAGCGUCGCGUCGGCGAACCCGGCCAUCACUGUGUCCCAGUUCACCCACUCCGCCUUCAACCAACCGUCCAUCAUUGCCAAGAUCCCCGGCAACACCACGAACAUCGUGGUCGUGUCAGCACACUACGACUCGACAGGCGGCUCAUCGACAGCCCGCGGGCCAGGGGCCGACGACAACGGGUCGGGUGUGGUGGUGAUCCUCGAGGCGCUGCGGGUUCUGGCCAACGCCAAGUUCAAGGGCAAAGACUCGCUCGAGUUCCAUUUCUACGCGGGCGAGGAGGGCGGCCUGCUGGGCUCGGCGGCCGUUUGGGCCAACUACAAGGCCGCCGCCAAGUCCGUGUACGCCGUCGUCAACCAGGACAUGGCCGGCUACUCGCCCAGCGGCAAGAUCUCCAUCUAUACCGACUACGUCGACUCGGCCCUGACCGCGUACACUCGCAUUGUGGCGUCCGCGUAUACCGGCACCACGACCAGCGACGCCUGCGGCUACGGCUGCUCUGAUCACGCCUCGGCGCGGUCGAAUGGUUUCCCUGCGGCCUACGUCUGCGAUGAAGUCAUGAGCACCUCGGACCCGUACAUCCACUCCUCGAGCGACGCAUACUCAACCAUCAUGUGGGACGCGGUGCUCCGGCACGCCAAGUUCACCGUCGCGUUCCUUGUCGAGGCGUCGUACCUGUGAGGGGCAUGGGGAUGUGACGGGGUGGGAG